AGCUAACACAACAACUAGGGUUUCCAGAGAUUCGACCUUCUUUUUCCUGGAGCUCCGCCGCUGUGAAACUACUCAAGAUCCAAAAUGCCGUCGCACAAGACGUUGAGGAUCAAGUUGAAACUCGGGAAGAAGAUGAGGCAAAACAGGCCAAUCCCCCACUGGAUUCGUCUCCGCACUGACAACACGAUCAGGUACAAUGCCAAGCGCAGACACUGGCGCCGAACUAAGCUAGGAUUUUGAGAAUCUUUCAAGUUAUUUUAUUUUAGGUAUUUUGCCUUGUGUCAUUUUUGAGAUUAUGAUGAAACUUCUUUUCUUGUUAUUUCCUUUUGCAAGAUACGAUUCUCUGAACUACUGAUGUUAUUCCGUUUGAAUCGAAAUGUUUGAUUUUCAAUUUGAUUA